UACCCAGGAUGUUCAGUUGUAGCUAAUAGGUAUAUUUACCACGUUCUGUGUGUAAUUCCGCAUGUUUUUCGUGCGUUCGUUAUAGAUAUCUUUUUAAGACUUCGAGGUAGUAAACCAAUAACGAUGAAACUUCUCAAAGGUGGCAUUAAGCUAUUCACAUCGGUAGCAGCUUUCACCACGCACGAAUGGACUUUCCAAAGGCAUAACUGUUCCGACUUGAGGAGGAAGGUAAAAAUGUUAAAUGACAGCAAUAUGGUCAAAAUAGAUUCAAGGGAUAUGGAUUGGGAGAAGUAUGUCGCAGUUUACCUGAUGGGAAUUAGGAAAUUUAUUCUGAAACAAGACUUUAAGUCAACGGUUAUUAAG